GCUUGAUUCUCAAAACCAUCUCUCUCACCAUCAUUAAACCUCAAAAACCCUAAUUAUUCUAUACAUAAAUACAAAGCUUUUGGAGAUAGAUACAUCAUAUGCGAAAGAUGGGUUCAUCUUCGUCGGAGACAAAGUUCCUGCAAGAACUAAUUUUAUACGCCGCCAGCGCCGCCCUCAGUUGCUUGGUUCUCUUCGCGGGGCUCCGACACCUCGACCCGAACCGAGAAGCUUCUAAAAAGGCACAGAAGCACAAGAAGGAAAUUGCCAAACGAUUGGGUCGUCCUCUAAUUCAUACCAAUCCAUAUGAGGAUGUAAUAGCUUGUGAUGUGAUAAACCCUGAUCACAUUGAUGUCGAAUUCGAAUCCAUUGGAGGAUUGGAAGCUAUCAAGCAGGCUCUUUAUGAACUAGUGAUUCUUCCAUUGAGGAGACCAGAGCUGUUUUCGCAUGGAAAGCUUCUUGGUCCUCAAAAAGUUUUAUUGUAUGGACCCCCAGGUACUGGAAAGACCAUGCUUGCUAAAGCCAUUGCAAAGGAGUCCGGCGCUGUUUUUAUUAAUGUUAGAAUAUCAAAUCUGAUGAGCAAGUGGUUUGGUGAUGCGCAAAAACUCGUGGCUGCUGUAUUUAGCUUGGCUUAUAAACUCCAGCCUGCUAUUAUAUUUAUUGAUGAGGUCGACAGUUUCUUGGGACAGCGGCGUAAUACAGAUCAUGAAGCAAUGACAAACAUGAAGACUGAGUUUAUGGCUUUAUGGGAUGGAUUUACCACUGAUCAGAAUGCACGAGUUAUGGUUCUUGCUGCAACAAAUCGCCCAUCAGAACUAGAUGAAGCGAUACUCAGACGUCUCCCUCAGGCUUUCGAGAUUGGAUUACCUGAACGCAAGGAGAGGGCUGAGAUUUUAAAGGUAAUUUUAAAGGGUGAGAGAGUUGAACCAAAUAUCGACUUCGAUUACAUAGCCAGUUUGUGUGAAGGUUAUACAGGUUCGGAUCUUCUUGAACUCUGCAAGAAAGCAGCCUACUUUCCUAUCAGGGACUUACUAGAUGAGGAGAAGAAAGGAAAACCAUCUGGUGCUCCAAGGCCAUUAUCACAGACUGAUUUGGAGAAAGUUCUUGCCACAUCAAAGAAGACUGGGGUUGCUGCGAAUGAAUAUAGCAGGUUAGGUUCACAGUUAUCUGAAUGGUCAAGGCAAAGGGAAUCAGAUGAUUAUCAGGUUCAAGCCGCAAUCAACGAACUCUCUAAGCUUGUAGUUUCUCAAAUCGUUAACCUUCAACCAGAUUCCCAGGAUACCUGAAAUUUGCAGCUAUGUGCUCGGAUGCCACCAGGCGAUCAGGUUCAAGCUUGUGAUGGCAGUUUUGAAACGGUUUUAGUUUAAAAUUUCCCAUUGCCUUUUGGCUCCAUUUUUUUCCCUAUAACAUUAGAUGCAGCAAAUUCAAGGGUGCAUGGGAAGUUAGGAAGCGAAAAUUUUUAGUGGUGAGUUUUUAUAAAUUACCCUGUUGGUUCAGCUUAAUUGGGAUGUUAUGUGGUGGAUCACUUUCUGAGACUGGUCUAGAUUUUGGGAUCUUUCCUAUCCUUUGUAAUAAUAAUGUCAACUUUUUUUUUUCA